AUGACUUCUUUCGCCAGCUCCAGCCAAGCACCCAUCUCACGCCGUGUUUCUCCAUACGCCCGUAACCACAGCCAUGUCAGCUACGGAUCUUCGAGCGCCAGCGCCUCCAGCUCGCGACCUCGCUCUUCUCGGGGCCGAAGCACCUCACCAUUGAACCCUGCUAAGCAGGAGGCUGCUGUCCAGAUGGCCGCCAAGCGUGCCACGACAUCAAGCACUAGCUCCACAGUCUCGUCGACAUAUUCGGCAUCAUCUGCCGAGUCUAGGUCAGCCGACACAACAGCAGCUACCUCGACCAUGUCAGCGUCAGUUUCGACCAGCAGGAUCCCUGCCAACGUCCGAGCUAUGCUCUUCGAGGAGGAAUACCAAGAGGAAGUGAUCGAGCACAUGCACCACAUGGAGUCUCAAACGAUCGCCGCCGUCGAAUUGAUGGACGUUCAGCCUGAGCUCAAAUGGUUCAUGCGCCCUUACCUCGUCGACUUCCUCAUCGAGAUCCACCAAACCUUCCGCCUCCGACCCGAGACCCUCUUCCUCACCAUGAACAUUGUCGACCGAUACGUCUCGAAACGUAUUGUUUACAAGCGUCACUAUCAGCUUGUCGGCUGCGCAGCUCUCCUGAUUGCAGCCAAGUUCGAGGAUGCCAAGGGCCGUGUUCCCACCGUCAAAGAGCUCAGUUUGAUGUGCUGCAAUGCCUACGAUGAGUCUGCAUUCGCACAAAUGGAGGGUCACGUCCUCUCCACCAUUGGAUGGACCUUGGGUCACCCCACUGCCGAGUCUUGGUUGCGAAUCGAGAGCGUCCGUGGAGGAGAGGACCUCAAGACGGUCAACUUGGCCCGCUUCUUCCUCGAGCUUAGCCUGUUCCACCGCGACUUUAUCUCGCUCAAGUCUUCUUCGCUCGCCAAGGGCGCCAUGGUCCUUGCUCGCUUCAUCUGCGGUCUUCCCCAGUCGGGUAAGCUGCUCCCCACUGACGAUGUCGCCAAGGCAGCGCACAUGCUUGACGCCUACGUCUCGGAGAACCUUCAGGACCUUUCGUUGAUCUUGAUCAAGAAGUACUCGUACGCCUACUUCUCGAGCGCAUCGACGGUUGUCUGCGACUGGUACCGAGCUCGUGUGGCGGCAGCUAAGUCGGCGCCACCAUCUGGCCUGCUCCCUGCCCAGGCGCUCACACGCAACGCUGAGGCUGGUCCGACCGAUGUCUACGACGACGAUUCCAUGUGCUCGCAGCCCACUACACCUGCUUCAUCAGUGCAGUCGACACCAUCACGCUCGAUGGACGAAGAUGAGGACGAAGAUGAGGAGGACGACAUGCCAGUUACACCGCUGUCGCUCUACUCUCUUCACGACCCAUUGGUAGCCGCUGCUACCGCAGCAGGGAUGCCCGUUCCUGUUCCUUCUUCGCGUGCUUCUAUUCAGGAGAAGGAGAACCGUCGCAACUCGGCGGCCCACACCGGCGCUGCCAGCAAGACAUUCUCCUCACAACUGCCAUCAAGCAAGAGCGCUUCGACUCACUUGACAGUUCAGCAGCCCAUGCUCGGAGCGCGAAAGCCAUUGGGCAACGUUGUCUGGAACGUCAACGCCCAGCAAUUCUAA